GAAAGAUGAAAUAUGAAGUACAAGAAGUUAUCUAGAAUCUCCCAAGUCCCAAGCAUACAACCCCCCUAUAUAAUGUGAUCAAAUAAAGUGGUAAACAGGCAACUCUUAAGACUUGAGUAGAGAGCUAGACACAAAAAACCUGCCAAGUCCCAACUAAUCAACAACUACUAAAACAAAUGGAUGUUGAAAACAUCUUUCACAUGAAAGGAGGACAUGAUGAGACUAGCUACUCCAGAAAUUCCUCUCUUCAGAAAAAAGCCUCAGAUAUGGUGAAACACAUAACAUUAGAGGCAAUUCAAGAAGUAUACAUGCGCACAACUCCAGAAAUCCUAGCAAUGGCAGAUUUGGGUUGUUCCUCUGGAUUAAAUUCAUUAUCUAUGAUUAAAGAUUUGUAUCAAGCGGUGGAGGAUGCUUAUCGUACAACUCUAAUCAACGGUCCAAAAUCAUCGACGAUGAAAACCCAGGCAAAACUGUCAUCAGUUUCAGUGUACCUGAAUGAUCUCCCAACAAAUGACUUCAACUCAAUAUUCAGAGCAUUACCAGAGUUUUUUGAUGAGGAAAAAAGAGGGCAUUUACGUCCUUCUUUAUUUGUUGCGGCUUCUCCUGGCUCUUUUUAUGAUCCUAUUUUUCCUCCAAAUUUCUUGCACUUCAUUUACUCUUCCUACAGUUUACACUGGCUUUCUAAGAUUCCAGCGGGGAUUUAUGACGAGAAUGGGAAGUCCAUGAAUAAAGGAUGCAUCUACAUAUGUGAAAGGAGUCCUCAAACAAUAAUAAGAGCAUAUGCACAACAAUUUAGAGAGGAUUUUUCGAGAUUUCUAAGGCUCCGAUCUCAAGAACUAACCCCCGGAGGGAGCAUGGUUCUUGUCUUUCUUGGGAGAGAAGGUCUUGACCACAUUGAUAGGGGCAACUCUUUUCUUUGGGAGCUUCUAGCUCGAUCUUUCACCAUCUUAAUUUCUAAGGGAGAAAUCGAAGAGGAGAAACUAAAUUCAUAUGAUGUACAUUUUUAUGCACCCUCCCAAGAAGAAAUAGAAGAGGAAGUUGGAAAAGAGGGAUCUUUUAAAUUAGUUCAUUUGGAAAAGUUCCAAAUAGAAAGAGAGAAAGGAAACAAUGGAAUUAGUUAUGGAGUAGCAGUGGCAAGCACAGUAAGGGCUAUUCAAGAGUCAAUGAUCAGCCAUCAUUUUGGUCAACAUAUUCUCAAUUCCUUAUUUGAUACUUAUGCUCAUUUGGUGGAUGAAGAAAUGUCUAAGCAAGAGAUUAGGCCCAUUACUUGUCUUCUUGUUCUUAAUAAAAUUUAAUUUUACUUAAAUAACAACAAUUUAUUAGUGUAUUAUUAUUUCUAUAUAUGAUGGUUAUAUAGUUGUGUUCUUUCUAACUUAGAGUUCUUGCUUAUUUUCAAAGUAAGAAACAAAUGUUACAAUAAUUAAUAUUCCUAUUAAGAGGAGUGUACUAGAGUAUAAAACAACAUUAUUGGCAUUAAUUAGCUUGUUUAUCUUUUUCAAUAUUAUACAAAAUGAUCUGAUUUGAAUUUUAAUAAAUAAAA